ACCACACCGUCUCAGAUAAAUCCUUCCUCCCUCGCUUCUUGCUCCUCCACUGCUGCUCUGACGGCGACGCGACGAAGCGAGCAGGCAGCGUGCGUGCGUGCUCUAUUAUCAGAAUCUCCAUUUUCCGACCGUUCCUCCCAAACGAGCCUCCCUCGGACGAGCUUCUCGCCGCGUUCGGCUAACGGGAAAACAAGCUUUGCGCCGGACUUUCAGUUUUACUGUACUUAUCGCAGCCUAACCGGCAGCCAAGCCAUUGCCAAGCUAUAGCCAAGCCAUAGCGCCCAGUACCAGCCAUCGUCUAGCUCUCGUUACCACCUGGCCCGAUCGCUCCCAUGGCAUUCCGCCGCCUAACUUCCGCUCUCGGUUCUGCCACGCGGCACAGACCUCGGCCAAUCACAGGCUGCCAGCACACCACAACCGCUAUCAUUUCCCCUCACACGAUCUCCCCCGGCGCUGACGUGUCGCCGUCCGCAGGGAGCCCUCGGCACUACAAUCUGGUCCCCAUGGUGGUGGAGCAGACGCCACGUGGCGAGCGCGCAUUCGACAUCUUCUCGCGGCUGCUGAAAGAGCGCAUCGUGUGCGUCAACGGCGCGAUCGGCGACGACACGGCUUCCUUAGUAGUGGCCCAACUGCUGUACCUAGAAUCGGAACACCCCGAGAAACCUGUGUAUGUGUACAUAAACUCGCCGGGUGGUUUGGUCACAGCAGGCCUUGCCAUCUACGACACCAUGCAGUACAUCCAGUGCCCUGUGAGCACUCUAUGUGUCGGCCAAGCGGCCUCCAUGGCAACGCUACUGCUGGCAGCAGGGGAGGCGGGGCAGAGGCGGUCGCUGCCCAACGCACGGCUCAUGGUGCAUCAGCCGUCAGGGGGGACGCAGGGGCAGGCCACGGAUAUUGCCAUUCACGCGGAGGAGAUCAUCAAGACCAAGGGGAGGCUGAAUGCGCUCUAUGCCAAGCACACUGGGAAGGCUCUCAAUGUGAUUGCGGAGAGCAUGGAGAGGGACCGCUUCAUGAGCCCCACAGAGGCACUUUCAUUUGGCCUUAUCGAUGAGGUGAUAGAAAAAAGACCUGCUGCCUUGGUGACAGAUGCCAAGUGAUAUUGGAAUUCAUUAACACUCAUUCAAAUCUGUACUUCCUAUAAUCUGGCUGAUGCAAUGGA